AUGCCGACGAAGCAGCGAUAUUGGGAGGGCGCCGAGGACAUGUCGUACGCAUCUUUGAUUGCUGACCUGACUAUAUUUGCUUUGACCCAGAGAUUAUGCGCCAAUGAGGCCUUCAACGUCACCAAGGGGCAGUAUUUUUCUUGGCUGUAUAUGUGGCCACGUCUUGCGAAAUGUCUCGGCGCGAAAGCCAAGUAA